UGUAGUUGCAACAUCGUAUGGAGAAGACUGUGUCCUUACUGCAGUGCACAUCGCAUGGAUAGUCCUCCGGAUUUUUUUUUUCCGCUUCGUGGCUUCGUUUGGAUCUAUCUAUUAUUCUCUGCCUGGUAUUGGAAUAUAUACUCUGUUCAUCUGAGAAGGAAAUUAUCUGUUUUCUAAUGCAAGAGUGCUAAAUGCUGACCUGAGCUCUGGUAUAUGAGGAACACAAUCUACAGAUGGAGUCAAGGGUUCCUCACCACAUUCCUGGAGUCUCCUCCUCCAUCAUGGUGCAGCCUUUGCUGGACAGCCGCAUUCCCUAUGGAUGGCUCCAGCACCCAUUAACUAUAUACCCCAUUGACCAAAUGAAAUCUUUACAUUUGGAGAAUGACUACAGCGACACCCCUGCUGUGAUCUCACAACAGCCAGCAAGCCACAAGGCAGGCACGAGGGGGCAGGAAGUCCUGCUGGGAGCCCCGCACCAUCCUCAUCUGUCCCGCUGCGAGGUCCCAGAUGCCACCACACAUCCUUGGAUUUCAUUCAGUGGUCGGCCCAGCUCCAUCAGCAGCAGCAGCAGCACCUCCUCCGACCAACGGCUGCUGGACCACGCAGCUCCCACCCCUGUUGUGGAUCCGUACACUACUGGCAAUGGCCAUGGCAGGACCCUAGGUGCAGAGCAACCCAAGGCGCUGAGCUCCAAGACUCAGAAUGUGAAGGCUGUGGCGGCCUUGCCAUUGGAGAAGAAGCACGUGCCAUUGUGCGAGAAGUGUGGCAAAUGCCGAUGCACAGAGUGCACGUUGCCCCGGGCCCUGCCCUCUUGUUGGGUUUGCAACCAAGAGUGCCUGUGCUCAGCGCAGAACCUAGUGGACUCUGUCACUUGCAUGUGUCUAGUCAAGGGAGUCUUCUACCACUGCACUGAUGAGGAUGAGGAAGGUUCCUGCGCUGACAAGCCAUGCUCCUGCUCGCACUCGAACUGUUGCGCACGCUGGUCCUUCAUGGCAGCCGCUUCAUUGGUGCUGCCCUGCCUGGUGUGUUAUUUGCCUGCCACUGGUUGUGCCAAGCUUUCGCAGAAGUGCUACGACGGCAUCAGCCGCCCAGGCUGCCGCUGCAAAAGCACCCAGGCUUGCAAGGUGGCAGAGGUCAAGGCCUGUCAGCUGGAAAAACAGGCCUCAUGAUGGUGUGCCAGAAAUGGAGAGUACAAAGAGACUCGUGAGCAAAGUUUGCAGGACUCUCUCCAGUAGUGUUGUACUUCCCAAAGUCAUGGUACUCGAGGUUCACGCACGAUCCUCACGCUCAAGGUAUCCUGCCGUAGAUCAGUAGCAACGUUUGACUGACCAACGGGCACAACUCAUUAUUUUACUUGUUCAUAAAGUACUACAGCAAAGGAGAGGCCUGCAUUUUCUUCUCCUGGGGUUCUCGUGAUGGCCGUGGGAUCAAAGUCUUUGCCAUUUCCCCCCCUAGUAAAACAACUGGCUGACACAGAAUGCUGCAUUUUAGCAAAAUGUCUGUUUGAAAGAUUCCAAUCUAUUCUCUGAUGUUUAUUUUCUCUUUGGGUGGCUUUGAAAAGUCAAAGUAAAUAUCACCCAUUCAAGAACACUCUAUACUUUGGCAAUCCCUCUCCGGAUCUGGCACCGAGGAAAGGUUGCAGCGAAUUCCAAGCUGAUAACACAUGUCACAAUCAAAAUAACCAGACUUCAUCUCUGUGCACAGUACAUUUACAAGCUUGUUAUAGAGCUUUAUUUCUUCUGUUGUUUGAAAUGCAAACCACAGGAGGUAAUUCCGUUUCAUUGAAGGAUUCUAAGUUCCCUUGACGUCCCUAAUUGCAAUGUGUACCGUUGCGAAAGACAUUGGUGACCACCCGUAACCAUGUGACAGGAUGUUUUCUAUCUUCUGUGGGGACAGAUUGUUUGUUUUUGAUGGCAAAUGGGUAAAAUAGCUUUCGUAAUUCCCUUUGAAAACAUGCCAUA